AUGGCAAGUUACAGUGACAUAGACUUCAUUUCCACGGGAAGUACAUUCGUCCGUGGUGAUUGCUAUAUACUGAACACCUUCGAGCUCACAUUCAAGAUCCUUUCUCAACUCAUUUGGAAAGCAUCUCAGCAAAUCCCGAAACCCAUCGUGGAAUCGGAAGCUACAACUUCAAACCAUAAACCAUUUUUUGAUUUUGUCGAACUGAAAGCGAACGAAAAAACAACCACCCGCCGAACUGAUGCCAUAAUAGUAAAAAGACAAUAUCUAGAAAGAGGUGUAGUAUCCCAGGAUACAGAUCCUCUGCUCUGGAUACAAAUGAACGAAACGGAUCUGCAACUAAUAAAAACCGUAGUGUUAAAAUCCACAUCAGUGGAGUCCGAGCGAAUGUUUAGCAAGGCCGGACAAAUAGUCUCUGAUCGCCGAACUCGGCUGAAGGAGAAAAACAUUAACAUCUUAUUAUUUCUUAAUAGCUCGCAGCUUAUUUCAACCAGCACCUCAAAAAAACUUUAA